CUUACUCUCGAACGACCCUACGACGCGAUAUGCGAAUUUUAGUGUUAUUUGUGGCUAUUCUUGGCCUUACGCAGGCUCAGAAUCUGCGCUUAGUGGCUGUUCACGAUGGACAACCAGGAUGUUUUAUUCGUUACGAAUUUGAACGGUUGUGGCGUAAUAAUUUCGAUCAGCACGCAUUCUGGAGAUGUGAACGAUGGGGUGAAGGAGCUGUAAGGCAUGAAUGUCCUCCGUAUACAAGCUUCCAAGAUUUCUGGCAAACAUGUCUACCGAAUGAUAACUGGCUGUGGACGCCAUACAGUGAACCACCAACAAGACCAGGUGAACAGGAAAUAGAUCAGUGUGAACCAAUUGAAAAUCCUACACCGUGCCCAACUAGUCCACCAAUUACAACUCCACCACCUGAGUGGAAUACCACAACCACGGAUGAAGGAUGGAAUACAACAACUCCUGAUUCUGGAGAUUGGAACACAACAACGCCUGAUUCUAGUUGGAACACAACGACUCCUGAUUCCGGAGAUUGGAACACAACGACUCCUGAUUCAGGAGAUUGGAACACAACGACUCCUGAUUCCGGAGAUUGGAACACAACGACUCCUGACUCAGGAGAUUGGAACACAACAACGCCUGAUUCUAGUUGGAACACAACAACUCCUGAUUCAGGAGAUUGGAACACAACGACUCCUGAUUCAGGAGAUUGGAAUACAACAACCCCAGAUCCAAAUUGGACUACAACACCAAUUGAUAGUGAAACAAACACAACGAGACCGUCUUGUCCAACUUGUCCACCUGAGCAAACGACUACAACAACCGAACUCCCGCCAUGUACAACAGAUGAGCCAGUAGAUCCUACUGAAGAGACCGAACAGCCUAGCGAACCAACAGAUGCACCAACAGAGGAAACAUCACGACCUCCUUGCCCAACUUGUCCUCCAGAAGUCACUACUACCCCAGCUCCAUGCCCAACGUGUCCUCCUACCGAAGGAACUUCAACACCACAAACGCCUCCACCAGGAGAAUGGGAUCCUACGGGCAUCUGCCCAGGAGCUGAAGAGCAUCAAUAUGCUCCUGGUGAUAUGGACUGUCAACCACCACCUUGCACUUGGGAACAAUGGCUAGAUGGUACCCUGUACCCAACUAGGAAUCCUCAGCAAUUCUUCCAGUGCGGCCCUGGCGAAGGAAACCUCUACGUCAUGCCCUGUGGUCCUGGAACCUGCUUCAGCUUCACUGAGCAAGUAUGCGUCCAUGUUGUAGACUGGCGCAAUUACUGCACAGUAACUGCAAAGUAGUACUCCUCCCCUCUAAUUCUUAGCCCGUUUUUCCGAAAUUUUUUAAGAAUAAAAAACAGAUCUGUGCAAGAAAUGCUGUCGGAUUCUCUUUCAAAAAUAUUUUGUAAAUAAAAUUUUUAAUAAAUAUUUUUCAAUUUUAAAUUCCAACGAGUUUUUCAAGAAAGAAGCCUUUUCUUGCACCGAUCUAGGAGAAUUCUUAAGAACGUUUCUUUGAGUUUCUAAAAUAAAAUCGUGCAUAUUUGAA